UUAAAAUCUCCGGGGGUGGGAACAAGGGUUUCUCUGCAGCUCAAGUGUCACAAUUCCAUCCGGUCUCUGUCACAUCCCUCUCGCUUUCGAUCGAUCGCUCCUCCCUCUCUCUCUCCCUCUCCCUCUCUCCCUUCUUUCUCUCUCGAUCAAUCGAUCGAGGCAUUCCUCCGCUCGCUCUCUGGCGCUCGCGCGCACUUUCAAAAGAAAUACACCAUACAAUGCGAUUGAUCGAUCGAUCCAGCAAAGCGGCCGGGGAUGAUCCAUCGUUCGUGCUCGUUUCCCCCGCAUUAGGUUAAUUUGGGGGGAAAAGAGUAGAGUAUGGGGAGGCAUUCGUGCUGCCAGAAGCAAAAGCUCAAGAAAGGGCUAUGGUCGCCAGAGGAGGACGAGAAGCUGGUGCGCUACAUCACCAAGUAUGGCCACAGCUGCUGGAGCACGGUGCCGGAGCAAGCCGGAUUGCAGCGAUGCGGCAAGAGCUGCCGGCUCCGGUGGAUCAAUUACCUCCGCCCGGACCUCAAGCGUGGGAAUUUCACGUCGCACGAGGAGAAGCUCAUCAUCGAUCUCCACGCGGCGCUUGGCAACCGAUGGUCGCAGAUCGCGGCGAGGCUGCCCGGGCGCACGGACAACGAGAUCAAGAAUUUCUGGAAUUCUUGCAUCAAGAAGAAGCUCAAGCAAAUGGGGAUUGAUCCCAACACCCACAAGCCUCUGCUCGUGGCCACCUCCGCCGCCGCCGCCGCCGCCGCCACUAGCCCCAGCGGCGCCGCCGCCGCCACCGCCACCACCACCCCGGACGCCAAAUCACCCAUCAUCGAGCAGCAAUUCCUGGACAAAUCCAGCGCCAGCGCCGCCAUGGUGAUCACGCGACAACCCCCCAAACUGUUCGCCUGCCCCGAGGAGGACGACGAUGGCGACGACAACGACGCCAUGGGCGGAGAGGACGCCGCCAUGAAUUUCAAGAAUGCCGGUCGAUCCGACCAGCACGACCCCCGGAAGUUCUCGUUUCUCGCGAGAACCAAGCCACCCCAGUUCUUCAGCUGCGGCAGCGAUCGCGACGAGGACAACAACGCCAUGACACCGCUCACACCGCCAUCGUCUUCUUCGAAUUCUUCCAGCUAUGGAUCACAGCAGCUCUAUCGUCCAGCAUUUGGGUUCUUCCCCCAGCAGCAGCAGCAGCAGCAGCAGCAAGAUCAUCCUGGUUUCCUGCCACCAGGGAUCAACAACUGGAACCAGCAUUGGAUCACGCAGCACGUCCCGCCCAUGGCCGCGCCAUUCUUCCACCCCGAUCACGUCCACCAUCCAAUGCAGCAGCCAGCGCAAGCUUUUGGUGCCGGUACUAGUGCCUCCCUUUUCAAUUCACCCAGCACGCUCAACAAUGUGGCUCCAGUUCACGUUGGAUCCUUGGUGUGGUAUUUGCAGCAGCAGCAGCAACCGAGCAUGAUCGAGCAAAAUCACCACCACCACCACCAGCGGAGUUCUUCUGGUAGCCAAGCGGAAGAGCCCAGCUUUGGACACCAGGAGAUCAAAGGCGACGUAGACGACGACUUUAGCGCCAAGUACUGCGAGAAUUUCCUCAAAUUCGGUGACUUUGGCACUGGCGGGGAUCCGGAGCGAGAAUUCAGCAGCAGCCCCAGCGGCGGCGGCGACGAUGGCGAGCAAGGAUCGCCCGGCUGCUGCUCCAACGAUCACGCCGCGUCGAGCUUUAUGAUCAAGCCACCGGUGGUGACGUCGAGGUGCUCCAUCCCGGACGAUGGUGGUGGCAAGGAAUCGCCGUCCAUGGACACCAGCUGUAGCAAUGCAAGUGGCGGCGACGGGGGAUUCCAGUUCUGGGACACUUGCACGACCACGAGUAACAGUAGCGGCGGCGACGGUGGCGGUGGUGGUGGUGGUGGUGGUGGCGACGCCAAAUUCAGCCUCCCGUUCCUCCGCGCCGCCUCCUCCUCCGCCAAUUCCUCCGACGACGCCGCCUCCGACAGCUUCUCCAACUCGUCCAUCCGGUGGAGCGAGCUCCUCCCCAGCCCCGCCAUCGCGCCGCCGGUCUGCCAUGGUGGCGCCGCCAUGGCAAAGCCGCGACAGCACAGCGAUCAGUUUGGAGAUUCAUCGCCCUCCACGAUUAUGAUCAAGUCGAGUGGUACGUCAUGGUACGAUCGUCGGGAGGAGGAGGAGGAGUUCUCGCCGGAGCUCCAGCGGAUUGCGGCAGCAUUGGACCAAAUCAUUUAAGAUCUUUAAUGGCUUUCUAUACAUUGCUACACUCGAUCGACCGAUGUUGGCGCGCAUUAUACGCUUACUAUAUAACCAUUGAUACGUUAUACGUAUUAUAUGGAUCCAUGCAUUUGCUCGGAUUUGGAUCAUAUGAGAUGUUCUUCGUUCCUUCGUUCUUUGUAACAUUGAUUUGAUAGACGAAUUGGUUGUUUAAAGAA